GUGGAUGGCAUUAUCCCAAAGCUUCAACGUGCUGAUUACUACACCGUUCCUUCUAUGGAGGAGUUGCUAUCCAAGGAGAAGGAAGAAGCUGAUUUUUGUUGCCACGUGAAGGACUUUGUGAUAGGAAGACAUGGGUAUGGAAGCAUCAAGUUCUUGGGAGAAACAGAUGUCCGGAAGUUUGACCUUGAUUCUGCUAUCCAGUUCAAUCAUCGUGAGGUGGUUAUCUAUAUGGAUGAGAGCAAGAAGCCUCCAGUUGGACAAGGCCUCAACAGGCCAGCUGAGAUAACUCUCCUUAAUGUCAGAUGCAUCAACAACUCGACUGGGAAGGAGUACAGAGAUGGACCAAUGGUCAACAAAUACAGAGAUAUGCUAAUUAAGAAAGCAGUAGAGCUUGAUACAGAAUUUCUUUCUUAUGAUCCAGUUGAAGGGCAGUGGAAAUUUAGGGUGUCACACUUGUAAUAGUGAGUUCAAAUUUUCUUGGUUGCUUUUGUGGCAUAACCAAAUGAUUGAAUUGUUAAAGAUGUUUUCCUUUUUUACAAUUUGCUCACUUUGAUUUUGUCCCACUAGAAUUUCCACUUUUUCAUCAUGCACUUUGGUUCCCGUUGAUCCAAGUUAUUACUGAUUUUCUUUCGAAGUUUAUUCA